CUCCUGGCCUCAACUAAAGAAUCGAAAGAGCCAAGUGGCCAAACUACCGAAAGAAUUGACGAUAACCAGCGCGUCCUGUUUGCAGAACUCUACGUCGAGUCGCAUCAUGUUUACAGGAUGCAGCGGAAUUGAUGCUACCUACUGGACCCAAGUUUUCGUUUCAUCGGACUUAACCUCUGUAGCGAUGCAAGCAGCACCACGGUAAACUCGUCUAAGCGGGAUACUCGUCAUGGCGCCAGCGAUGACUCAACACCGCCAGGAUGCUCAAAAAUUCAUAUCAUCGCCAUGUGCUGCGCCAGAACCACUUGGUAACACCUUCGCCUUGCUUGCCAGAAGCGCGUUGAAGUGUCGGUCCAGUACAUUUCGAAACCAUGAAAAAAACAAAUUCUUAUGUUGCCUAACGAUUCUUUUCGCAACUUUACAGCCCAGCACCACCAUCCUCACAUUAGUGCGUCAAAGACACACGCUGCAUCAUGAGCUCCACACCCGCCGACAAGACCAAUGCCGCCCGCGCCCCGCAGCGCCUCACACUGGAGGAGAAGGUCUGGUAUGACCGACGACGGAGCGAUCUCGAGUACUGCUCGGGCGUUGGAGGCGCACUGGGCGCCGCUGUACUCGCCGGCGUCACUGCCCUGGGUCCAUUCCCAAGACGCACGCAAUUCCUCGCCAUUGUUGGAGGCGGAAUCAUUGGCGCAGGCACCGGUUUCCUUUAUGCAGACACAAAGGCACUCGAGCGCGUGCAGGACCUAAGCGCCAGCAGCAACCUGCGCAAACAAUACCAGCAAAUUGAGUUGGAGAGAAAAGCGGCCAAGACUUCCAAGUAAACCUUAGGCCUUGCACAAAACAAUAGGGAGAAGCUGCUUAAGUUGCACAAAGAAGACACAAAUGCUCAAAAGCCAGCAAGUUCCUAUUAUAAACGGGGAAGACACGCUUCCAUAUGCACCACAGAUUUAUUCCUCCUUCGAUCUGCUCCUUCAACUUAUUUCUCUUUUUUCUUUCUUGGUCAGGUUUCUGGUCAAGUUUUUUUUAUCGGAU